AUGAGGGCCAAACGUUCAAAGAAGUACCGCAAGCUUAUGCACCAGUAUGAGCUUACUUUCGGUUUCCGAGAGUCCUACCAGGUCUUGGUCGACUCGAACUUCCUUCGCGCCACUGACCAAUUCAAAAUGGAGUUGAUUCCUGCUCUUGAACGAACCGUCCAAGGCAAAGUCAAGCCUCUAUUGACAAAAUGCUCUCUCGCUGCCAUCAUGGCCGCGCAACCCAUCAACCCGAAAACUGAAAAGCCAUACCGUCCCCUCUUCCUUCCUCCACCUACAGAACUUCCUCUGCGCCAUUGCUCGCACAACGCAGACUCCACCCCAAUUGACGAGAUCGAGUGCCUACUUUCGCUUCUUUCACCCGGCACAGAGACAAAGAAGAAUAAGGAGCACUACAUCCUUGCCACUGCGGAGCCCCUUCUGCGAAAGACAAACCCCAAUGAACCAAAGCGGAGGUGGAAGACUGAGGAAGACAAGAAGGAAGAAGAAGCCAUGAACCGGUCGAAGCUCUUGCGUUCGUCCGCCCGCUCCAUUCCCGGUGUACCCAUCAUCUACGUCAAGCGCUCAGUAAUGGUCCUCGAGCCGCUGAGCAGCGCCUCCGAGAUGGUCCGAGACGGCCACGAGCGCGGCAAGUUCCGCGCCGGCCUGGACCUCGACCCUGCGCUCGGCAAGCGCAAGAGAGACGGCGAGGAGGGCGAUGAUGCCUCUGAGACCGAGGAACCGAAGAAGAAGCGCGGACCGAAGGUCAAGGGCCCUAAUCCGCUCAGCGUGAAGAAGGCCAAGAAGCGCCCUGAUGCGCCGGCUCCCAAGAAGGCCAAAAAGGUUGAGGUUGCAGAUGCCGGUGAAGAUGCCCCGGCUAAGCCUAAGCGUAAGCGCCGCCACAAUAAGGGCAUUCCUGAUGAUUUCAAUGGCGUCGAGGAGUCAGAGCCUAUGCAGGUUGACGCUUGA